GGGCUGAUCAAAGCAGCACACCUGAGCAGCUGGACCGACGGAGCGGAACCUCUGCAGACACCAGAACCAGGAGGAGAGUUUGUUGGUCUUUUUUGUUUUUCUUCCUGAGCAGCUGCUGGUUUGUGAACAAAGUGUCGUCGAGCAGAACUGAGCUGCUGCAAACACGGACAGGAGGAGCUUCACCCAGAGUGCCUGCAGCUGAAAACCAGCUACCAUGACAGACGCAGACAAGUUCCUGUACGGGGACCGCGGGGGGAUGAACAACCCUCUGGCUCAGGCCGACUGGGCCACCAAGAAGCUGGUGUGGGUCCCCAGUGAGAAACUGGGCUUCGAGGCCGGAUCAGUCAAAGAGGAGCAGGGAGAGGAGUGUGUGGUGGAGCUGACAGACUCUGGCAAGAAGGUGAAGGUCAACAAGGACGACAUCCAGAAGAUGAACCCACCCAAGUUCAGCAAGGUGGAGGACAUGGCUGAACUCACCUGCCUGAACGAGGCAUCUGUGCUGCACAACCUCAAGGAGAGAUACUACUCUGGACUCAUCUAUACGUACUCUGGUCUUUUCUGCGUGGUCAUCAACCCGUACAAGUACCUGCCCAUCUACACCGAGGAGAUCGUGAACAUGUACAAGGGCAAGAAGAGACACGAGAUGCCUCCUCACAUCUACGCCAUCACAGACACGGCCUACAGGAGCAUGAUGCAGGACCGUGAGGACCAGUCCAUCCUUUGCACUGGGGAAUCAGGAGCAGGAAAAACCGAAAACACAAAGAAAGUCAUUCAGUAUCUUGCACAUGUCGCCUCUUCAUUCAAGUCCAAGAAAGACCAGGGCAGUGCUGUGUUGUCACAUGGGGAACUGGAGAAGCAGCUGCUGCAAGCAAAUCCCAUCCUGGAGGCCUUUGGCAAUGCAAAGACCGUCAAGAACGACAAUUCCUCAAGAUUUGGGAAAUUUAUCAGGAUCAACUUUGAUGUCAAUGGAUACAUCGUUGGAGCCAACAUUGAAACUUAUCUGCUGGAGAAGUCUCGAGCCAUCAGACAAGCUAAAGAUGAGAGAAGCUUCCACGUCUUCUACUACAUGCUGACAGGAGCCGGAGAUAAGCUGCGCUCCGAGUUGUGUCUGGAGGAUUACAGCAAGUACCGAUUCCUGUCCAACGGAAAUGUGACGAUUCCUGGACAGCAGGACAAAGACAUGUUCAUUGAAACCAUGGAUGCCUUUAAGAUCAUGAGCAUCCCAGAGGAGGAAAGAAUCGGUCUGUUGAAGGUGGUGUCGGCUGUGCUACAGCUGGGGAACAUGAGUUUCAAGAAGGAGCGUCACAGCGACCAGGCCUCCAUGCCUGAUGACACCGCUGCACAGAAAGUGUGUCACCUGCUGAGCAUCAACGUGACGGACUUCACACGAGCCAUCCUGUCUCCCAGAAUCAAGGUUGGCAGAGACUACGUCCAGAAAGCCCAGACUCAGGAGCAGGCAGAGUUCGCUGUCGAGGCUCUGGCCAAAGCCUCUUAUGAGAGGAUGUUCCGUUGGCUGGUCCUGAGAAUCAAUAAAGCUUUGGACAAGACCAAGAGACAGGGAGCCUCCUUCAUCGGCAUCCUAGACAUCGCCGGGUUUGAGAUCUUUGAGUUGAACUCAUUUGAGCAGCUGUGCAUCAACUACACCAACGAGAAGCUGCAGCAGCUCUUCAACCACACGAUGUUCAUCCUGGAGCAGGAGGAGUACCAGAGGGAAGGCAUCGAGUGGAGCUUCAUCGACUUCGGCCUCGACCUGCAGCCCUGCAUUGACCUCAUCGAAAAGCCUGCCGGUCCUCCAGGCAUCCUGGCUCUGCUGGAUGAAGAGUGCUGGUUCCCCAAAGCCACAGACAAGAGCUUUGUGGAGAAGGUGGUUCAGGAGCAGGGAACGCACCCCAAGUUCCAGAAACCCAAGAAACUCAAGGACGAUGCUGAUUUCUGCAUUAUGCACUACGCUGGGAAGGUGGACUAUAAGGCAGACGAAUGGCUGUUGAAAAACAUGGAUCCACUGAAUGAAUGUGUGGCCACUUUGCUCAACCAGUCGACCGACAAGUUCACUGCCGACCUUUGGAGAGACAUGGAUCGUAUUGUCGGACUUGAUAAGGUGGCAGGAAUGUCGGACUCAAUGCACGGUGCGUUCAAAACCCGUAAGGGCAUGUUCCGCACUGUGGGUCAGCUGUACAAGGAGCAGCUGGGAAACCUCAUGGCCACGCUGAGGAACACCAACCCCAACUUUGUCCGCUGCAUCAUCCCCAACCAUGAGAAGAAGGCUGGUAAACUAGAGCCCCACCUGGUUCUGGACCAGCUCAGGUGUAAUGGAGUCUUGGAGGGGAUUCGUAUCUGCAGACAGGGUUUCCCCAACCGCAUCGUCUUCCAGGAGUUCAGACAGAGGUAUGAAAUCCUCACUCCAAAUGCCAUUCCCAAAGGAUUUAUGGAUGGAAAGCAAGCCUGUGUGCUCAUGAUCAAAGCUCUGGAGCUCGACCCGAACCUGUACCGCAUCGGUCAAAGCAAAGUGUUCUUCAGAGCCGGAGUCCUGGCUCAGCUGGAGGAGGAGAGAGACAUGAAGAUCACUGAUGUGAUCAUCAGCUUCCAGGCCUGGUGCCGAGGAUACGUGGCCCGCAAAGCUUUUGCCAAGAGGCAGCAGCAGCUGACAGCCAUGAAAGUCAUCCAGCGAAACUGUGCAGCUUAUCUCAAACUCAGGAACUGGCAGUGGUGGAGGCUUUUCACAAAGGUGAAGCCUCUGCUGCAAGUGACCCGGCAGGAGGAGGAGAUGUUGGCAAAGGAAGAGGAGCUGGUGAAGGUAAAGGAGAGACAACUGCAGGCCGAGGAGCAGCUCAAAGAAUACGAGAACAAACAGCAGCAGCUGAAUGCUGAGAAGCUGGCUCUUCAGGAGCAGCUCCAGGCAGAGACGGAGCUCUGUGCAGAGGCUGAGGAGAUGAGAGCUCGGCUGGCCACCAGAAAACAGGAGCUGGAGGAGAUUCUGCACGACCUGGAGUCUCGUCUGGAGGAAGAGGAGGAGAGGGUCACACAGAUGCAAACCGACAGAAAGAAGAUGCAGCAGAACAUCACGGAGCUGGAGCAGCAGCUGGACGAGGAGGAAGCAGCCAGACAGAAGCUUCAGAUGGAAAAAGUGACCACAGAUGCCAAACUGAAGAAACAAGAGGAGGAAAUCAUGGUGCUGGACGACCAGAACAACAAACUCAACAAGGAGAAGAAACUGCUGGAGGAGAGGAUCUCUGAGUUCACCACCAACUUGACUGAGGAGGAAGAGAAGUCUAAAAGCCUACAGAAACUCAAGAACAAACACGAAGCCAUGAUCACAGACCUGGAAGAUCGUCUGCGAAAAGAGGAGAAAAUACGUCAAGAAUUGGAGAAGAAUCGUCGUAAACUUGAGGGAGACUCCACUGAGCUCAGUGACCAGAUUGCAGACCUGCAGGCUCAGAUCGCUGAACUUCGAGCUCAGCUGGCCAAGAAAGAGGAGGAACUUCUCGCUGCACUGGCCAAGAUUGAAGAGGAGGCUGCAGCCAAGAACACGGCCCACAAGAAGAUCCGGGAACUGGAGGCCCAGAUCUCGGAGCUGCAGGAGGACCUGGAGCUGGAGAGGCAGGCUCGCUCCAAGGCUGAGAAACACCGCAGGGACCUGGGAGAGGAGCUGGAGGCCCUGAAGACCGAGCUGGAGGACACUUUGGAUUCCACUGCAGCACAGCAGGAGCUCAGGACGAAGCGUGAGACGGAGGUCACCCAGCUGAAGAAAACGCUGGAGGAAGAGGCCAAGCUUCAUGAGCAGCAGAUGGCCGACAUGAGACACAAACACAAUCAGGCGUUUGAUGAGAUCAACGAACAGCUGGAACAGGCCAAAAGGAACAAGGUGUCGGUGGAGAAAUCCAAGCAGGCCCUGGAGAGCGAGUGGAAUGAGCUGCAGAUCGAGCUGAAGACUCUGACACAAAGCAAAGGAGACUCCGAGCACCGUCGCAAGAAGGCUGAAGCCCAGGUUCAAGAACUGCAGGUCAAGUUUGGAGAAAGUGAGCGACAGAGGCAGGAGUUUGCUGACAAGAUCACCAAGAUGCAGUCGGAGCUUGACAACGUAAACAGCCUCCUGAGUGAAGCUGAGGGCAAAAGCAUCAAAUCCAGCAAAGACCUUUCUUCUGUAGAGUCUCAGCUGCAGGACACACAGGAGCUGCUGCAGGAGGAAACUCGUCAGAAACUCUCCGUGUCGACCCGCCUGAGGCAGCUGGAGGACGAACAGAACAGGCUGCAGGAGAUGCUGGAGGAAGAGGAGGAGUGCAAGAAGAACGUGGAGAAGCAGGUUUCCUCUCUGCAGGCUCAGCUGGCAGACAUGAAGAAGAAGCUGGAGCUGGAGACGUCAUCGCUGGAGGGGGCAGAGGAGUGCCGCAAGAAAAUCCAGCGGGAGAUGGACAGCGUGACGCAGCAGCUGGAGGAGAAGUCGGCCGCUUAUGACAAACUGGACAAAACAAAAACCCGUCUGCAGCAGGAGCUGGACGACCUGCUGGUGGAUCAGUCUCAAAUGAGGCAGAUGAUCUCCAACCUGGAGAAGAGGCAGAAGAAGUUUGAUCAGAUGCUGGCAGAGGAGAAAACUAUUUCUACUCAGUAUGCUGAGGAGCGUGACAGGGCCGAGGCUGAAGCCAGGGAGAAGGAAACGCGAGCGCUGACUUUGGCCCGCGAGCUGGAGACCAUGACGGACAUGAAGGAUGAGCUGGAUCGGGCCAAUAAAAUGCUCAAAGCUGAGAUGGAAGACUUGGUCUCCUCCAAGGAUGAUGUUGGCAAGAGUGUCCAUGAGCUGGAGAGGUCAAAGCGUGCCAUGGAGCAGCAGCUGGAGGAGAUGCGAGUUCAGCUGGAGGAGCUGGAGGACGAGCUGCAGGCCACAGAAGAUGCCAAACUGCGUCUGGAGGUCAACAUGCAGGCCAUGAAGGCUCAGUUUGACCGAGAUCUGCAGGCCAGAGACGAGCAGGGGGAGGAGAGGAGGAAGCAGCUGGUUCGACAGGUGCGUGAGAUGGAAGUUGAGCUGGAGGAUGAACGUAGGCAGCGCAGUCAGGCCCUCUCAUCCAGGAAGAAGCUGGAGAUGGACCUGUUGGAUCUCGAAGCGCAGAUCGAUGCUGCCAACAAAGGCCGUGAUGAGGCUCUGAAACAGCUGAAGAAACUUCAGGCUCUGAUGAAAGAACAAAUGAGGGAGCUGGAUGAGCUUCGUCUGGCCAGAGACGAAGCUGUCAACUUGGCCAAGGAGUCUGAGAAGAAAUACAAGACCUUGGAGGCCGACACUCUGCACUUCCAGGAGGAUCUUGCCACUGCAGAGAGGGUCAAGAGACAAGUACAGACGGAGAGAGACGAGCUACAGGAUGAGAUCACCAACAGCAACACCAAGAAUUCUCUGCUGGCUGAUGAGAAGAGGAGGCUGGAGGCUCGUAUCGCCCAGCUGGAGGAGGAGCUGGAGGAGGAGCUGAUCAACACCGAGAUGACCAAUGAGCGUAUGAAGAGAACCACACUGCAGGCUGAGCAGUUGACCACAGAGCUGGCUUCAGAGCGCAGCACCUCCCAGCGGCUGGAAGGAGCUCGAUCCCAGCUGGAUCGCCAGAACAAGGAGCUGAAACUGAAGCUGCAGGAGCUUGAGGGAACCAUUAAGUCCAAGUAUAAGUCCACCAUCACCACCUUGGAGGCCAAGAUUGCUCAGCUGGAAGAACAGCUCGACAUAGAGUCAAAGGAGCGCCAGCAGGCCUCCAGGCUGGCCAGGCGAACAGAGAAGAAGCUGAAGGAGGUGAUGCUACAGGUUGACGAUGAGAGGCGCAACACGGACCAAUACAAAGAUCAGGCGGACAAGACAAACAGCCGAAUGCGUCAGCUGAAGCGUCAGCUGGAGGAGACAGAGGAGGAGCUGACGAGGGCCAACGCCUACCGCAGGAAGCUGCAGAGGGAGCUGGAAGACGCCACUGAGUCAGCAGACGCCAUGAACCGUGAAGUCAGCACCCUGAAGUCCAAGCUCAGACGUGGAGAUUUACCUUACAACAUGCGACGCGCCUUGAAUCGCACCGGCCUGGACAGCGAUGAGGACGGAGACGUUGCAGCUGAGACAACUGAGCCUGCAGCUGAGUAAACGGAGGACGAAGACAGCCAAGAGGAAAAUAUUUUAAUGACCACGUGCAAAUACAGUAAAACGAUCAAAGAUUUAACCUUCAUUUCCUUCGCAUCUUUCCAUUUAAUGCAUUUAUAUUUGGCCAAAUCUUAUUGAUCUCUGCGAGUGUCCAGCAAUGUUUUUCUACUUUCUAAGGCUUCAAAAAAUAUUUUUCUUGGUGUAUUUUUCUACUUAGGGGUAUAUUAUGCCAUAAAAUAUUGUUCUUAUGUCAAGCGCCAUUGCAGUUAAAUUUUGCUUGGGCUUGAGGUCGAUGUGCUGUUACAGUUAUUUGGAAAAACACUGGUCAUUUUAUGCUUGUUUUGCACACAAAUGUGUUUUUCUGGGAGUUUUGAUGCAGUUACAAACAGUAGUUCACAUUUGCUGGUGUCAGUAUGACUCUGUGUCUGUACUGUAUGUGUUUUUUGUAACUUUCACUUUAUUACCUCAACCAAUAUUGCACAAUGCCAACUCCAACAAAACACACAAUAUUGGGGAAAAUAUUCCAUUCAUCACGGUGGUUUAGGUAAAUUGCAGAAACACCGGUGAAAGUGUUGGUACAGAUGUUGUUCGAUCGUCUCUGUCAGCUUGGUUGAUGUAUCCUCUCACUGGUUUUACACUUUAAUUACUGGUGGCGGGUCAUCAUGGGGUAGCUCACUAUGCUGUGUUCUGUGCUUUGCUUUCCACAGCAGAAGGUGUUUGUAUCGCUGCAUUAGUCUCCAAAGGUUAAAUCCAGUAUAUUUCAGGCAAAUAUUAUACCCUGCCACUGUAUUAUCAAAGUGUCAUUGAUGCCAACCUUGCAAGGCUCCUUCUGUAUUUUAUAAAAUGCCUUAAUGCAAUAAAAAUUAUAAAGUGCA